ACUUCUAUAUACAAAAUCAUAGAAAGCAACAAAAAUAGCUCGAACUUAUCAAACAAGCAAUGAUCCAACGAUGGUAGAGGAGAGUUUCUCCUGUUUUUUAGACCCCUCUUGCUUUCUCAUUCAUUCUAUGUAACCACUCUACGUUUCUGUUUGUCUCCUUAAUUUCUCUAACGUUAAAUUUUCCUUUGUUUAAUUUAUGAACCCUACACCAAUUGCUUAAGAUCUCAUCACCUCUCUUUUAGUCCUGUCUUUUUUCUUUUUGUCUCUUCUCUUGAUUUUUCUUUGAAGUAAUUCUCUCCAGCUAGCUAGCUAGCUAGCUAGGAUUGGAAAACAAAAGGGAUUUCCCAUCUGUUGUUGCUCAAGGUUUUAGGUGUCUGUAUCGAGAAAAUAUGGAUCCGGCAGAGCUACGUCGGGUAUUUCAAAUGUUUGAUAAGAAUGGAGAUGGGCAGAUCACAAAGAAGGAACUAAGUGACUCGCUAAAAAACUUGGGUAUCUAUAUACCCGAUAAGGAUUUGAUCCAAAUGAUUGAGAAGAUAGAUGUCAAUGGAGAUGGUUACGUAGACAUUGAAGAGUUCGGGGCAUUGUAUCAAACGAUAAUGGACGAGAGGGACGAGGAGGAGGACAUGAGAGAAGCAUUCAACGUGUUCGAUCAAAAUGGAGAUGGUUUUAUCACAGUGGAGGAGUUGAAGUCAGUUUUGUCAUCCUUGGGGCUAAAACAGGGAAGAACUUUAGAGGAUUGCAAGAGAAUGAUAAAAAAGGUGGAUGUGGAUGGAGAUGGCAUGGUUAACUUCAGGGAGUUCAAGCAAAUGAUGAAAGGAGGUGGAUUUGCUGCCCUAGGUUCAAGUUGAUAUUAAUAUUCAUAGAAUGUGUUAUUAUCAUUAUUAUUAUUAUUAUAUAGGAGACCCUUUAAUUUGCAGGACACAACUGUUACCUCUUGUAUGAUUUUAUUUGAAAGAAUAUACACUAUAUGUGUCUCUUCAUUGGGUUUUCCAUAUGGAGUAUGUAUACCCUUUUUAUUUUUGUUUGUUUUUAUGUGAUGUUCUUUCUUUUGUUGA